GAGCAGAUGGACGGAGACGGAGGUCAAGGUGAGUAAGGUGGAGGAGGAGGAGGUGGAGGAGGUAGAGGAGGAGGUAGAGCUUCCGACACCCGCCCAACUGGGGCACUACACGCAGUUCAAAGAACAGUUUACCGAGCCUCCCGAGGAUAACCUAAAACACCAUCGCCUUGUUUGGGAGCGGACGGACGUGUUCACCAUCAGCAACGCUCUGCAGCUCGACGCCGUGCGGCGAUGCCCCGACCACAGUCUCUUUGAUGUGCUGAUGAGCCUGUUCAAGCGCUCUGUGAAUGUGGACCAGGACGGCAUUGGGUGGAUUCCCGUGCUCCUGCGCCCAGGCCGCACCGCGCCUGGGCUGAAGGGGCGGAUCUUCUCCGGCAUCGGUCGGGUGCCCGCACAGGAGGCGCCUGCCAAAAAGCGCAAAGGCAGUGAGGGCGCCGUGGAUUCCGCUCGGGCAGAGUUCAUGAAGCAGCUGCCGCCGGAGAUUCGCAAGGAGAUCGAGAUGGGGGUCCCAGACACGCUUGUGGGGCGCUCUGCAUUUACCUUCAAGAAGUUGGUCCGCUACAUUGCGCGGCAUCGCCUUGGAACCGUCGAGCUGGACAUCAAGAACUCGUUCUUCCAGCUCUUGAACCGACAGAAGCCGCUGCCGCCCAUCAUGGCGGAGUACCUGGACCACCGUGAGGAGAAGCUCGCGCAGAUCGGCCGCGUGCUCUUCCACAAGCUGCCCGAGGCCCGCCGGCGCAGCGUGGCGAAGGAGCUGAUGAUUGCCCUGGGCGUUGGGGGUGGUUUCGCAAACUGGACGAGCAAGGUGCUGCAGGACAUACCCUUGGCUUCGGAUGAGGGGGAGCGCGGCGAGGUGGCUGCUUGGCUCUACGGCUUCGAGACGGCGGCGCGCCUCUACCACGUGGCGUUUUUGAGCUGCUGCCACAGAAGGUUGCAGAUGGAGAAGAUGGCGGCGGCAGCGGGCAGGGCCUUCAACGACCACCAGCACGACGGCAUCGGGGCCCUCCGCUCCGCGAGCGAGGCCGUGAAGCGAGCCGUGGAUGUCGAGGUGGUCGUGCACGAGCUGGAGGACCCGUGGGCAUACGCGGCGGCGAAGUACCCCAACUUGGAUUGGGGACUCAAGUCGAAGAUGGAGUUCUCCGGGUACCACCAACUGCUCCAGCGCUGCAGGCAGCACGUCAUACUUGGACGGGCGAGGGCAAACACCGUGGACUUUGCGAAGCUGGCGGCGGCGAAGCUGGUCCCGGUCGUACACGUUCCGGUGGAGGGGGGUGAGAAGAGGACCACCUACGAAAGCUUCGAGAAGGGAGGCUUCUGGCUGGUGCGAAACCGGGACGACUUGGGCCAGACCGUGGAAGACCUGAUGUGCAAGAUGUGUUGCCCGGUCUUCGAGACAGUCGAUGAGAACUACGUGCCGCCGCCGCCCCUCAACGAGAAUGCCUUCUUCACCGGUCUGUCCUCGUCCGUUCUGGGGCGUCUGGCAGGCCCGCAGAUGGCGGACCUCGACGGCGACGAGACACGGCACAAAAUCCUCUUUUGCGACGGCAUGCUCUACGAUUUCAAGGAGCGUGUCCUCCGAUCACCGAUCCCCGCCGACCGCAUGGGCUUCCACGCGGCGGCGACCUCAGCGAUGUGGCAGCCGAGCAAGGCGACCAAGCUCUUCGAGCACAUCCUGGCUUUCUUGAAGGAGCAUGUGGAGACGGGGGUGUGUCUGCUCGAGGCCAGCGAGAAUGGCAAACAGGUCAUCGAGUGCUUCGAGGAAUUGGAGCAGGACGGGUGCGAGAUCCUCCGCUACAUGAAGGUGUACGGGGACUGGGACUCCGUCCUGUACGAGCUGCGUCUCAUGACCAGGGCCAUCUCCGCGACGCCGCGGAUCUGCGAGAUGUACUACAUCUGGGGAAGCCAGGAUUCCGGGAAGGACACCAAGGUGAAGAUGUUGCACGCCUUCUUCGGUCACAAAGAGAACAACUACGGGGUGCAGCGUCCGGGAAACUAUGUGGUGCAGCAGACUCGCUACCUGACCGCGAAGGACGGACCCGCGCCUUACCAUGCAAGGACUCUAGGCAAGCGGCUGGCCUGGGCCAGUGAAGUCCCCGAGCACUACUCGUUGGCGGAUGACUUCAUCAAGCCCUUUUGUGACAUGGAAGUUGCGCCAGUCUGCAGCAGGAAGCUCAACAAGGGUCCCCGGGACUUCAUGCCUACGGCUUUGCUGGUGGAACAAGCAAUCACCCUCCCCACAACGGUCAGCUUCACCUUGAAGCCGUCCAUGGCCACCGUGGAGCGAGCCGUGGAUGGCCUCAAGACCCGGAUAAACCAAGGAGAGUUCAACAAGUACAUGUUCUUCCUUGCGGCAAAUCUCGUGGACUCGUUGGAGAUGGAGUACAACCCAGGCACCGAGAUCAAGCCGCAGCCACCGGAGAUGAAGAUGAGCGCCAUGGACCUGGUCCCAUGUGCAGACAAGGACGAGGAGGCCAAACCCGAGGCCUUCAUGACAGAGAUGUGUGUGCCCUUGAAGGAAGCAAGCCUCCACACGGAGCUGACGAUGGCGCUGAAGACCUACCUCAGCCUGGACACCUUGGGCGCGGCAAAGAGCGUGAUCUCGAAGUUGGGGAUCAAAGGACAAUCCUAUGGCCCGCGGUACAUCUCCACCCUCAAGCAAAAUGAGCGCAGGGUGGGUGUGAAGCUCCGAUCGGCAUCGACAAGUAGCUCUUAG